AUGAUGCCCAAGAUGAGAGACUCCCCACUGCACUCGAACGUUGAGGCCCCGAAGCUUCUGGAACUGCGAAAAUCCACCUCAACUCCGAUGUACGUCCCUGGUGGUGACUGCAUAGACCUCCUCGAGGAGAGGGAUCGCCUUCUUCCAGAAGAGUUGGCAGCCAGGAUCGUCCACCAGCUUCUGGUUGUGCUGAACUAUUGCCACAGCAGUGGCAUCACGCACCGCGACGUGAAGCCGGAGAACGUUAUGCUCUCGAGCUUGGACGACGAUGCCACGUGCAAGGUGAUUGACUUUGGCCUGGCAACACCCUACAAGGGCAAAGUGAAGGAGUUCGCGGGGACGGUGUCGUAUCUGGCUCCGGAGCUGGCAAUCGCACAGGCCGGCUUCUCUAUGGCAGCCGACAUCUGGGCAGUAGGCGUGACAGCUUUUGAGCUCUUGGCGGGUGUCUCGCCUUUCGGCAAGCUCCAGGAGUAUGGCAAUGAGUGCGACCCCAUCCUUGAGAAGCUCUGCACCUACGAGAGCUUUGACGAGGACUUGCUCCAAGUUUUCCGGGAAUCGCCUGGGCAUCAAAGACUGUGGAGGAGCUCAGAGGCCAAGAGCUUCUUGCGCUUCGUCCUCGCGGCAGAUCCCGAGGACCGACCGACAGCAGCCCAGGCCCUGGGUCAUCCCUGGCUGGCCCGCUACCGGCCAGCUCCGGCGCCGAUAGAACCGGAAAUGCUUCGGACCUUUGCAGACUUCGCCGAGGCACCGCAGAUGCAUCGGAGUUGCCUCUUUGCCCUGGCAGCCAAGGGGCGGCAUGGCGAGCUGGAUAUGGAAGCAGUCGAAGCCACCUUCACCGACAUCGACCUCGACCAUGACGGAAAGAUCUCCCUUGAGGAUCUACGUGCAGCCAGCCAGUCCCAGCAGUGGUGGCCUUGGAGGCGACAGCCUGAGGUGGACAUCGACGCCUUCUUCCGCCUGGCAGAUCAGGACCUUUUCCUGCCAAUCUAA